AUGGAUAUGAAUUACUCAAACACAAACGAAAUGGGUAAUGUGUACGCAUUGCCUGUUCCCAACACAGCCGAUUUUGGAGCUAAGAACAUGGUUGCUGCCCCUCAGAUGCUUGAUUACUCCAACAUGGCUCAGUUUCAAAACUAUUCACAACCCCAAUUUUACUACAAUCAGAACAAUUGUGUCGAUGGUGACAUGAACGCGACCUACAACUCCUUUAACAACUACUCGUACUAUAACGCUAACAAUGGCUACGAGUACAUGUCUCAGCAAGUGACAGAUUACCCCAACUGUUACGGCGUUAAUGGAUACGAAAUGUCUGAAACAUCUUUGGCAAACCCAGUUUCAAACAUGAGCGAGUCUGUCUUGGCAGCUAACGAAUCAUCAAAAACCCCAGCUUAUACAUACAAUGACUUAACUCUACUUCCAUUCUCCUCAGGCAGUCAAUUUAACAACCAAUUUGGCUCGACUGAAAUAGAUACCUCAAAUAUCACCGACGAAUUUUGUGGUCUUCAUUAUAACACUCCCGACCAAGCCUCAGAGUACAACUUCGGGGAAGAGUGUAAAAAUGAGUGGAACGCCGAGUGCAAGAAUUUGUCAAUGGUGAAGUUGGACCAUAUGUCAGACAAUUUGAAAUCGCUUGAUUUUGACUUUAAGAAGACAAAUGAAGAUGACUCGGAAAGCCUUGCAAAUGCCAGCACCUGCGAAAACACGCCAAUCAUGAGACCAUCACGACCAUCACCUCCUCAGUCACCAAUGACUACACAACUUGUUCCACAAACACCAGUUAAUCAUUUACCAGUCCCUUCAAUGGCUGAUGUUCAGGACUUAUCUGAGACCCAAUUUUAUCCCCCUCAAUAUUUCAACUAUGCCCCCUACCAAGCUAACUUCGCUGCUCAAUACGACAUGAGUCAGUUUAACAAUACAAUGAACGGUUAUAACACUAUGCCAGCCUAUGACAUGAGUGCUUAUAACACCAUGAAUGGUUAUGAUAUGUCAGCUGCCCAGGGUAUGGUUGGAUAUUCUAAUGGCAUGGGGUACAACAAUGGUCCCGUGAUGGAUGGCUUGAACGAAUCGAUAAUCGAAAUAGCUAAUGAGAUUGCAAAUAACGUACAAUACCUCCCUGACAAGGACAGUAACGGAAAGUAUUCUUUGGAUAAGAAUCAUCCAAUCCACUGUGUAUGGCGUGAUGUUAAUAGAGGCCACUGCAGCUGGCGCUGUAGGUGGUGGGAGAACGGCAAGCGCCUUAGCAAGAACUUUAACGUGAAACGCUUCGGAGAGUUUGAAGCCAUGAGAAUGGCCAUCACAAUGAAGAUCAGAAACAGCACUCCAGUAGAGCGUAUUCAGCUGUUAAAGGAACAGAGAGAGGCGGUCAGAAACCAACUCAAUCUCUAUGGCUCUUUCCCCAACUCAACUAACUAUGCAACCUCUAACUUCAAUUUUGAAUCGAACUUCAACGACUCCAACAUUAACAAGGUAAUGAAUGAUAACAAGAAGCUUCAGAAGGAGAACUGGGAAAGGCUUUCGUGGACUUAUUUAAAGACUAACAAGUGCGACGACUCGAACCACAUCACUAUCAUUUGCAGACUGUGUUCGAAGACCACCAGGUGUUCCAGGACCAGGAACCUUCAGCAGGCUCACAUCAUGCACCUCAUUAGGAUGCACAAGAACCCAUGGAAACAGUACAUUGACCCCAAUGGUCUCACCAAGAUGUGCAAACUUGCUUUGGACAAUCUUUAUGAGCGUUACCAGUUUACCCCAAACCACCAGUGGGUUCUAAGACCAGGUAUUAAUAGACCAGAGCCUACUUUCCUCUAA